AUUUACCCGACCGAAUGGGUAGCUACCAGACAAUUCCUGUUUAUUCAACUCUUACAAUAAAUAUAGUCGUCUAUAUUGCUUCCCCUGUUCCAUCGCCCAUUAAUUUCUUCUUCCUCUCUCUGUAUUUCUCUUACAUUACAUGUUUCCAUAUUUGGAGUAUUCCUGCAUUAGAUCCUCAAUAGCUUCCAUGGAUUCCUUUCUAAAUUUUUCUGCUACCUCUUCUUUCUUCUUUGAGGUUAGUCUUUGUAGCUUUUGCGUCGACUGAUCACUUUUUCCUUUGAUCGGUAAAUUCGUUAUAUCACAAUCACAUCACAAUCACUACAAAAAAUUUUAUGUAAUAUUCCCAUGAAUAAUUUAAUUUGUCCUUCAUAGCUUUGAAUUGUGAUCAUUUAUAUGAGUUAAUUGUUGGAUUUUGGAAUAAUAGGAUUUUAAAUCGAAUAUUCUCUCAUCCAAACUUUUCUGGGUACCCUAUCUUACAAACUGUUCUUUUUGUUUUUUUUUUGGUUUACCCCUGAUUUUGCAUUUUGGGUCUGUAAGAAUAUUGGGAUAUUCUGUUCAUACAAGUCAGUUAUUCCCAGAUGUUUAAUUGGUUUCUGCUGAACCUAAAUUAUUUUGUUUUUGAGCUAAUUAUCUGAAUAUUCUGUCAGAUGAUACAUUGAUCGGUUAGAAUCAUAUUCAAAAGGGUAUUUUUCUUAAUCAGAAAUCUUGAAAAAAAGGGGGAAAAAUACAACUUUCUGAUUCCGAAGAGUUUUGGUUGUUUUGUAAGCUGUAAAUUGGUAGGUUUUCUGGUUGUAGGUUAAAUUUGGGGCAAUUUUAUCUUCUUUUUCAGAUUCAUAUGUUUAGUAUCUAUGAUUAUCUUUUUGUGGGUGCAUCAUAUGAUUGUGAGUAGAAUAACUUACUGUGAUCUAAGUUGGAAUUGAAUUGAAAUUUCAUACCAAAUAAUGUUUGCUGUUGGGAGGUUAGGAAGCUAUAUUAGCCGCGGUGUAUACACCGUUUCUGGCCCUUUCCAUCCCUUUGGUGGUGCAGUUGAUAUAAUUGUAGUAGAACAAGAAGAUGGUAGUUUCAAAUCUUCGCCAUGGUAUGUUCGAUUUGGAAAGUUCCAAGGUGUUUUGAAGGCUUCUGAGAGAGUAGUUAGUAUAAAUGUCAAUGGAGUGGAUGCUCAUUUUCAUAUGUAUUUGGACCGAAAAGGUGAAGCAUUUUUUGUUAGAGAGGUUGAUGCAACAGAAGGAGGAUCAGUGGUGUAUCCUUCUUCUGGAGAUGAGAUGGAAGUGAAAUCUGAUGAUUGGAGAACCCAAAAGUCUAUGAGUUAUAACUAUGAUGCUAAUAGGCCAAAUCUGGUUUCUGAAUUGGAAGGAAGUAAUAGAAGGAAUUUAGCACGGACAAAUAGUCGUCGUGCAAGGAUAUUUGGACUCCCUUUUGGUAGAAAAUCAAUGAAGGGGAAUGGUUUUCAAGAGGGAAUGUCUAGUGUUGAAAGUGAUAGUGUUACGUCUUUAGAGCGUGCUGAGAUUGCUGCGGACUUGUUGGAGGUACGGUGGACGACUAAUAUUCGUACGAGUAAAACCCAGAAUGUCAUGUCUGUUGCUGAUAAUAAGUUGGAAAUUGCUGAAGGGAAUGUUGUGUCUGGUAUGGCUGGAUGUAACAUAUCAAGUAAUCAGGAAACUGAUGCUGAAUUUUCUUGGUCAGCAAAUACUAUGAAGUUUACCCUUGAAGAAAGUUACAUGGAAGCUGAUUUUACUUCUUAUAGAACUAAUAUCUCUGAUGAAAAAAAUUCUAUAGGUGAAAAAUCUGUGGAGUCUAAUUCAAGCUCGAAGAUUUCACCGAUGUUGGAAAACGAAAACAGUGGCGGUAGUUCUUCCUUUGAUGAUGCUCCUCUUGCAGACGAGGUUGGUACCUCUCCUCGAUGUAGUGUAGGUGACGGGUUUGUUGUGGACACUGCUGAGAAGAAAGAUGUUGAAGUAGUUCGUUUGGAAGACUCGGUCACAGAGAAGGAAAGUUCUUCAAGUACUCAAGAUUGUUUCGGAGGUCCUACCAUGGAGGGUAGUCAUAGAGUGAAUUCCUUAGAUAAUUCAAAAGAAGAGCAUUUCUUGUUCAGUGAUGAUGAUUCUAAGGUAGAGAACGCGGAAUCUAAAAAGUCAUCGUCAGGGAGUGAAGAGAGUUUUUCUCAAGACUCAGUAGGAAGCAAUGAAGAUCGCAUGUCGGAUUCACUUAUCAUGGAUGUGCCAAAUCAAGUGAUAAAUAGAGUAUCUAGCCCUAUAAGCAUUUCAAAAGUUCAUAGUAAUGCUAAUGAGGAAUCCUUGGUACAAGUUGUAGAAUCUUUACCUAAUAUGAUGUUUGAUGGUGAUGAUUUACCACUUAAUGCUCCUCAACCGUUCGGUCGUUCCUUGGAUUCUACACUUGAAACAUGUAAGAUGAUCAAUGAUGAUGUUCCAAUUGCUUCUGGAUUAAGUGAAGGGAUCACAUCUUCAAGAUCCCAGAUGUCAGAUGAAAUUAAAAAGAUUCUUUCUGAUCCUGCAAUAGAAGUAUCUCUUUGCAAAGGCUCUUUAUAUGAAGGAAUGGGUUAUGAAGCUGCUGCUUGUGCUUUCGACGCCAAAAAAUUGGAUAUUGACAAAUUUUUAUCGCUUGAUUUUGAUGUUUUGGAAUUUGAUAAGCUAGUUGUCAGAAUCGGCGGUCUUUAUUUUCCCUGGGAUGCAGCUUUACCUAUUGCUUCAGCCAUAGGCUCAAAGGAACAGGGGCGUAUUCUGGAACCAAAAGGUAUGAUAGAUGUUGGUAAAGCAGAUAACAGGAAUUGUGAAGGAGUCACUGAGAAUUCACUUAAUUCCAGAAGUGGGUCUUGGAAAAUAUGGCCAUUUUCACUUAAGGGUUCAAAUAGGAGGCAAGACAGAAUUUCUAGUUCUGAAAUUUCUACUCAAAGCCCCAAUGAAAUCGUUGAAAAUGCUGAUGUGGCUAUUAGUGGAGUUGCAAAAAAAAAGAUUCGAGCAAAGAGUCCUACUUCUGAACAGCUUGCAUCGCUGAAUCUUAGGGAGGGGAAAAAUGUUGUGACUUUCACAUUCUCAACAGCAAUGCUUGGAGAGCAACAGGUAGAUGCAAGAAUAUUUUUGUGGAAAUGGAAUGCACGAAUUGUGAUUUCAGAUGUAGAUGGGACUAUUACUAAAUCUGAUGUUCUUGGGCAGUUCAUGCCUUUGAUGGGACUAGAUUGGUCACAGACUGGCGUAACAAAUCUUUUCUCAGCUAUAAAGGAAAAUGGAUAUCAAUUGCUUUUCCUUAGUGCUCGCUCCAUUUCACAAGCCUAUCAUACUAGGCAAUUCUUAUUUAACCUUAAACAGGAUGGGAAAGCACUACCUGAGGGCCCUAUGUUAAUAUCUCCUGAUGGACUUUUUCCUUCUCUUUAUCGUGAAGUAAUCAGAAGAGCUCCACAUGAAUUCAAGAUUGCAUGUUUAGAGGAUGUCAAGGUGCUGUUUCCUCCAGAUCAUCAUCCAUUCUACGCUGGUUUUGGAAAUAGGGACACUGAUGAGUUAAGCUAUCUCAGAGUUGGGAUCCCCAGAGGAAAGAUCUUUACCAUUAAUCCCAAGGGUCAAGUUGUUGUAAACCGUCGAGUGGAUUCAAAAUCGUACACUUCCCUUCAUAAUCUUGUGCAUGACAUGUUUCCACCAACAGAAGUACAUGAGCAGGAAGAUUACAACUCAUGGAAUUUCUGGAAGCUUCCUCCUCCAGAUACCAUUAUUUGAAAGAUCUAUGUACAAUGAUUUAGGCAUCAAAAUAGAAAGCAAGAAAUUUGCAUGUUACUGCAACUGCGAAGGUUUACGAGUGCAGUUUCGGAUGCUUGAUGUUUUUGUGCGGGAGUUAGGUUAUGCACUGUUAGUAUAGAGAUAGUAGUAGUAUACGAGGAGGGAAAAAUGGAGAUUGUCUAGUCUCUUCUCUUUUUUCAGUGGAUAUAGGAUUCCUUAUUGUACAUACAUUGUGAUUACAAUUCUAAAUUGAAUAGGUGAAAAUAACGAAAGCCGAAAGAAAGAGAGCUUGUAUAAUGUUCAGCUAGUAGAAUUGAGUCUUAUCUUAGUUGGAGCAAAUCCUUUUCUUCUGUCAAUAUACUCUGUAAUCUAAAAAAGAAAAUAUAUAUAUUUAGCUAGGAUGAUAUUAAAUUAA